CUUGGUCCAUCUAGGGUGCCUGAUUCAUGGAACAGGAGCUGCGUUGUGAGUUAUUCAUCUUCAAAUGGAGAUCACACGGCCAAAGAAGAUUCAAACUCUCUAACCAAAGAUGUGGCACCCUCUACAUUGACAGCUGGAAUUAUUUGGCAUAGGUUUUCUGAGGCUUCAACACUGAGUUAUGAAAUCAGAAAACCAGGGGUUCUUUUUCCCCUGGCAUUGGGGUGGAAAAAAGAAUAUGCACAUUAUUCUUCGACUGCUGCAGCAGGCCAGCCUGAAUUUAAUAGUGACGAUGAUAAGAAUGAAGAACCAAAGAUUAAGCAGAAAAGGGAAGCUUCACCUGAGGAAUGUGACCAGGCAGUUGAAGGUUUGAGCACAGUCAAAGCCAAAGCGAAAGCCAAGGCCAAGCAGCUGCAAGAAUCACAGAAGCGUGCUGAAUCUGUACUGAGGAAAAUGUGGGCUAUGCUUUUAGGGAUUGGUCCAGCUUUUAGAACUGUUGCUUCUAUGAACAGGGAAGAUUGGGCAAAGAAGUUUCAACACUGGAAGGAUGAGUUUAAAUCAACAUUGCAACAUUACUGGUUGGGUACGAAGCUACUUUGGGCUGAUGUUAGGAUAAGCUUAAGGCUGUUGCUGAAACUUGCUGAUGGGAAGACUCCAUCCAGGAGGGAAAGGCAACAACUCACUCGAACAACAGCCGACAUUUUUAGGCUAGUUCCUGUUGCUGUUUUUAUAGUUCCAUUCAUGGAGUUUUUGCUGCCAGUAUUCCUGAAAUUGUUUCCAAACUUGUUGCCAUCAACCUUCCAGGACAAGAUGAAAGAACAGGAAGCCCUAAAAAAGAGGUUGAAUGCAAGGAUAGAGUACGCAAAGUUUCUUCAAGACACAGUAAAAGAGAUGGUGAAGGAAGUUUAAAGCUCAAGUAGUGGGGAAAUAAAGAAAACAGCUGAAGAUCUUGAUGAAUUCAUGAACAAGGUAAGAAAGGGGACUGGCGUCACCAAUGAGGAAAUUUUAGGAUUUGCAAAAUUGUUUAAUGAUGAGCUCACUCUGGAUAAUAUCAGCAGACCCCGGUUGGUGAACAUGUGCAAAUAUAUGGGUAUCCAUCCUUAUGGUACAGACGCUUAUCUUCGUUUUAUGCUUCGAAAGAGGCUUCAAGAGAUCAAGAAUGAUGAUAAGAUGAUCCAAACAGAAGGCAUAGAUUCCCUUUCUGAGGAGGAACUUCGUCAAGCUUGCCGAGAUCGUGGUUUGCUUGGAUUGCUUUCAGUAGUUGAAAUGCGGCAGCAGAUACGCAACUGGCUGGACUUAUCUCUCAACCAUUCAGUACCAUCUUUAUUAAUCCUUUCUAGAGCUUUCAGUGUGUCGGGUAAAGUAAGGCCUGAGGAAGCUGUUCAAGCUACUCUCUCUUCACUGCCUGAUGAGGUGGUGGAUACUGUUGGUGUUACAGCUUUGCCAUCUGAAGAUUCUGUGUCAGAAAGGAGGAGGAAGUUAGAAUACCUAGAAAUGCAAGAAGAAUUAAUCAAGGAGGAGGAAGAGAAAGAGGAAGAGGAGCAGGCUAAGUUGAAGGAAUCUGUUUAUAGGCAGAAGGAUAUGGCAUUGGAGGAGAUGAAGAUGGCAACAGCGAAAGAUACAGAAGACCGUGAAAAUGCAAAAACUUUAGAUAAGCAAGAACAAUUGUGUGAGCUCAGUCGUGCAUUGGCUGUUUUAGCAUCAGCAUCUUCUGUGAGCAGGGAGCGUGAAGAGUUCUUGAGACUUGUCAACAAAGAGAUAGAGUUAUACAAUAGCAUGGUGGAGAAAGAGGGCACUGAAGGAGAAGAAGAAGUGAAACUGGCAUAUAAAGCAGCUAGAAAGGAGAAUGACCUUGCUGCUGAGAGAGCCACGGAUGAUAAAGUUUCCUCAGCACUCAUAAACAGGGUUGAUGCCAUGCUUCAAAAGCUCGAAAAAGAAAUUGAUGAUGUUGAUGCAAAAAUUGGUGACCGGUGGCGAUUGCUUGAUAGAUGGGCUCGAUCUAACCUGUGAACCUCACUCGAAAGGGAGAUUGCUAGGUCCAUUUCUGG